AUGGCGGACGACGCCUACGGGUACGUGGGCUCCCCCGGGAAGCCCCAGCCCCGGACGGGAGGCUCCCGCCCCGGCCCGAGGGGUCUCGCCCUCUCCUCCGCCGCGGCGCAGACCGCCACCCUCGGCCGCAGCCGCGCGACCCCGCCGGGCUCCCCCGGGGGCGGCGGCGGCGGCGAGCACACCAACGGAUACUACGAGGUGUACCCGCGCGGCGGCGGUCGCAAGCCCGCGCUGCUCGUCCAGCUGGAGAGCCUGCUCGCCGAGCAGCUGCGUUUGAGCGAGAAGCUCGCGAGCGUCAAGGGAGGGAUCCACGGCGCCGACUACAGGGACGAGAGCGGCGCGCUGGCGCUCGAGGCGCACCGCGCCGUCUUCGACGCGUUCAUCAACGCGUUCACCACGUACCGCCCGCUGCUCACCAAGGUCAAGGAGCACUACGACCGCGCGCUGGACAGAGCGCUGCGGAGCGAACACGAGAAUGUGCAGAUGCGCUCCGAGCUCAAGGCGAUGGAGCUGCGGAAGGGGAGGGAGGUGGAGACGGCGCGCGCGGAGGCGAUCGCGACCGCGGCGACCUUCCGCGGGGACGUGCAGCAACGGCUCGCCAAACAGACGGCGCGCGCGGAGGAGGCGGAGAAGGAACGGGACGAGGCCAGGGCGGAGAUUGCGCGGCUCGUCGAGGAGCUCGAGGAGACAAGGGCCAAGUGCGCGGAGGCUGUCGAGGAGCGAAGGGUCCUGAAGGAGGCUGCGUUGAAGGAGUCGAGCUGGGCGCAGGAUCCCGCGAUGGAGUCGAUGAUGGCGUUGUCCGUGGGACCCGUGCCGAAGAAUUUUCCCAGGGCGGAUGCCACUCUCGUGGACGGGGAGGGCGGAUUGUCGGCGCCGACGGAGGACGCCGAGGGCGGCGAGGAGGAGGGGGAGAAGGCGGAGGCGGCGGUCGAGGACGCGGAGGCUGCGCCGGAGGGAGAGGCCGAAACAGAGACCAAGGACGAGUGA